AUGCCUAAUAACUUCCGGGAUAUCAGCGAGACCUUCGUGGAUGAGGAGAACAAAAUAGUUUUCCACAAGAAUGUUUCUGUUCCCAUGAAAUGGAAUGGGAGUGUGCUCCGUAUCAACGUAUACCGUCCUCUGGCGGAGGGUACCUAUCCCAGUUUGGUCACGUACGGACCAUAUGGCAAGGACAUCUAUUAUGGAGACUUUCAUGCGAAGUCCUUCUCCGAGGUCAAUCCCGCGCAUAAAUCAAAAUACUCAGCAUGGGAGACACCGGAUCCCGUAUUUUGGACCAAACACGGCUACGUCGCUGUCCGCGCAGACGAGCAAGGUUUAGGCCAAUCAGCUGGUCUACUUGAUACCAUGUCAGCCAACACUGCCAACAGCUUCUUCGAUCUGAUUGAGUGGACUGCCGUACAAGAUUGGUGCAGCGGCAAGGUUGGCUUGCUGGGCGUGAGCUACUAUGCCGGUAACCAAUGGCGUGUCGCAGCAAAACGCCCCAAAGGUCUGGCCGCCAUCGUACCUCACGAAGGCAUGUCUGAUUACUACCGCGACCGGUGUCGCCACGGCGGGAUCCUGUCGAACAACUUCAUCGAUUUUUGGUGGAACCGACAAGUGGUCACCAAUCAAUAUGGUCGGCCUGGUCGCUCCAAGUCCCGCUGGGGAGAAGACACAAUCGAAGGUGAUCUGGAUCCUGCUGAGCUCGCGGAGAAUUGCCGAGAUCAGAACGUCGAUAACGCGGAAAAUCCAUAUCUUGACGACGAGUAUCACGCGUCGAAGGUCUUCCGUCUCGAAGAUAUCGAGGUGCCAUUGCUGAGUGUUGCAAAUUGGGGCGGAAUUACGCUGCAUCUGCGUGGUAAUGUGGAAGGGUAUACGUUGGCCGGCUCUAAAUACAAGUUCCUGCGUUUUAUUGUCGGACGGCACGACUUGCCAUUUUAUUACGACAUAGUCAGAUCGAUAUCAUUGUUUUGA